AUGACUAAAGACACGUCGAAGACCCUUCCAGCACACCAUGCGUGUAGCUUAUCACCUCAGGAUAUCGUUGAUUUGUUCAAAAUUACUUUUGAUCAGGAGCUUUACCGAGACGAGCAGCAAAUUUUGAGUGAUUCGAUUCAAAACGUGAAAGCCGAACUAUACAAUCGAAACUAUGCGGCCGCGUUCGAUUCCACUACAAAGAGGACGGCAUACUGUUGUAGGUGGUCACCGUCCAGAGCUAUUGCUUAUGCUUCGCUAUUUAGCCAUUUGGAAGGUGUCAGAGAAGUCAUACAGAAGGGCACUGACAGUGAAGUUUUAUGUAUUGGCGGCGGUGCAGGCGGUGAGCUAGUAAGUAUAGUCAGUAUGUUUGCACCCUCUAUCGAUUUUACGGCCAAAUACUCGACUGUGCAAAGGGAAACAACUGCCAAGAACCUUCGGAUCAACCUUGUUGAUAUCGCGGAUUGGUCCCUGGAAAUACAAAGGAUAACGAAGACCAUGGAUAAAGCCUGGUUAUUUGAUCAUUCAUCAGACGUGCAGAUCAAGUUCAUAAACCAGAAUAUUUUAAAGAUGGGUCCCGAAGACUUACGCCUCCCGUCUAUGAACUUGAUAACGCUACUGUUCACAACAAACGAGCUUUUCCUGGCAGAGAAGGCCGCCAGUAUUAGAUUUUUUCAAAAACUGAGUCAAGAAUGCAGCUCCGGUUGUCUUCUUCUGAUUGUUGAAAGUGCAGGCAGCUAUUCCCACAUUACGGUUGGAACCAAAAAAUUUCCCAUUCAGUUUCUGAUCGACACUCUACUGCUGGGUAAAAGGGGCCAGGAGUCACAGGGAGCGUGGGAUCUCAUUCAAGAACAUGACUCGUUGUGGUAUCGUGGAAAAGAUGAGAUCGACUAUCCUUUGAAGGUCGAAAACAUGAGGUUUUUUUAUAGACUCUAUAGAAAGAAGUAA